AUGGGUUUCGAUCCCACAACCUCAAAGUUUGUGGAAGCUCUAAGCGCUGUUCAAGGAUUGAGCGAGAAAGCUAUAGAAGAGAAAGUCAAUUUCUAUAAAAGGUUAGGCUUUUCCGUGGGAGAUGUAUGGGAGAUGUUCAAGAAGUGUCCAGUCUCGCUGAGAUUAUCGGUGAAGAAUAUAGCUCAGAGGUUUGAAUUUUUGAAGAAAUGUGGAGUGCUCGAAGAAGACGAGAUCCUCUCAGUGUUCAAGAAAUCUCCUGAAUUCAUUGGUUAUUCGGAGCAGAAGAUAACCAAUUCCAUUGAAACGUUUCUAUGCCUCGGAUUCAGCAAAGAGGAGAUUGUUAUGAUGGUUAAGCGCUUUCCUCAAUGUCUUGAUAUAUCUACAGAGACGGUGAAGAAGAAGACCAAGUUUCUGGUGAAGAAGAAGAAUAAGUUUCGGGUGAAGAAGAUGAGAUGGCCACUAAAGGCCGUGGCUUCGCACCCUCAGGUUCUUGGAUACAGCAUGGAGAAGAGGAUUGUACCAAGGUGUAAUGUUUUAAAAGCUCUCUUGUCCAAAGGAUUGCUCGGAGACAGAGACAGGAAGCUACCUGAAAACGAAUCUGUCUUGGUAUGUACCGAUGAGGAUUUUUUGAACAGGUUUGUGAGGAAUCAUGAUGACAAUGAGCUUGUGGCUGAGUUAAUGGCUAUCUUCACCAGAGACUGUUCUUCAUAG